AUGCAGCUGUAUCUGGUGCUGAUCUCAUGCCUGGCCAGCUCCUCGCACUGCUGGCAGUUCGACGGCGGAGGUGGCCACCGGCGGCCAAGGAAUACCGGCCGGGGUGCACCGUCCUCGUCCUCGUCCGGAGGCAGGGGAUCCGCCGCCCUGUUGGGCUCACAGCAGCAGGACAUCCUCUACGCUUGUCCACUCAACUCCAUGUGCCAGUGCGCCGGCCUGCCCAACGAGACAAGCACCCUGAUUGAGAUUAAUUGCAACGAGGUGGCCCUGUACAAGUUUCCAGAGUUCAUGCACAGCAGUGUGCGCUACAUCGAGAUGUCCAACACACAUCUGCAAAGUGUCGACGAUGAGACCUUCCAGGGACUGCGUCUCAAGACACUGAAGCUAAUCGACAACGAACUGCAGGAUAUAUCCGAGCGGAGUUUCAGCACGAUGACCCACUCGCUCAUGACAUUGGAUAUAUCUGGCAACAAGAUGCAGCACUUGCCACUGGAUGCACUGCAGCGAUUGCAUUCCCUCUCGCGACUGGUGGCGCAACGCAAUCACAUAACCACCUUGGAUGGAAACUGGGAUGCCCAGCAUGAUACCCUUCGAUCCCUACAUUUAUCCGACAACGAUAUAACCGAAGUGGCGCCGGGUGGUGGGACAGUGGAAGUAAUUUCCCACAACGACAACAGCUCGCAGCCUUCCAGUUUGGCCGCUGUGCAGACCAGACUGGAAGCGAGUAAUUCAAUUUACCCACCAUCUCCGAGCUCUGGUGAUCGGUCGACGGGGGGUCGUCCCUUCGAGCAGUUGCAAAAACUACUUUGGCUGGAUUUGUCCAACAAUCGGAUCUACCAUGUGGCCGGAAACUAUCUGCCGCGUUCGCUGGUGACCAUGGAUCUGUCCAGUAAUCUGCUUACAGUUUUCCCCCAGCAGCUCUUCGAACAACUGCCGGAGUUGCGAAUCGUCAGUCUAAGGGAUAACCUUAUACGCAGUGUGCAGUGGAAAGAACUUCAGGUGAGGCCACUGCGAAUGCAUCUGGAACGCCUGGAUCUCGGCCAGAACUGCAUUGAAAGCCUGGAGUCCGACUAUUUCCAGCAGAACUAUUCCGAUGUUCAUUUGAGAGCUUUAAAUUUGGAGCAGAACUUUGUCACCCAGCUGCCAGAGGCGGUGUUCAAGGCCACGGGCAUAGCCCAUCUAGUACUGGCCUUCAAUGCGAUCAGCAGAGUGCAUCCAUCGGCCUUUGAGGGUCUCACUGACACCCUGGAGUAUCUGGAUCUGGAGAGAAACCGACUCACCACCGUGCCCGUGGCCUUAUCCUCCUUGCAUCACCUAAAAUACCUCUAUCUGACCUCCAAUCAGAUUAGUCAGCUGCACAAUCUGCCCUCGUUCACGGAAAAUCUACGCGUUCUCAGUCUGAGUGGCAACAAUUUCACCAUGAUCCCUGUUCUCGGCCUGAAAAACUACACACAGCUUUCCUACUUGAAUAUGGGUUACAACUCUAUAACGGACAUCCCCGAGGGAAUCUUUGCCGCGGAUUCCUGGGGCAGCAAUUUGCAGACAAUACUGCUGCGAAAUAAUAAGAUAACGCAUCUUCAUUUGGGAUCCUUUGCGGGACUAGACCAAAUUCAGGAGAUCAGCUUGAGCUUCAACGAUAUUACCAUACAUCAUCCGUUGGUUUUUGAGAAUGUUUCGAAAACCCUCAAGAUCCUGGAGCUCUCGUUCGCCGUCUUCCCGGCCAGAAGCCUGGAGAGCCUGGACCCCCUGGAUGCCCUCUUGCCACUUUCCCAGCUCAUUUGGCUGGGUCUGGACAACAACAAUUUGAAGCAGGUCUCGAAUGAGUCGUUCGCACAGAUGCGGGAAUUGAGCUACAUCAAUCUGAGCUUCAACCAGCUCAAGACACUGCCCCGCGGACUCUUUCAGUCCGAUGCUCAUAGUCAUUUGGUGGAAAUCGAUUUGUCGUACAAUGCCUUGGAGCGACUCGAAGCGCAAACGUUUCACAGCCUCGGGGAUUUGCAGACACUCAAUUUGCAAUCGAACCGCCUGCGGACCAUAGCUCGCCAUGCUUUUCACAACUUGGAGUUCCUACGCUACUUGGAUUUGUCGUAUAAUCGCCUGGUCAACAUCUCCCAUGGCGCCUUCACGGUGCUGCCCAAUCUGGCUGCCCUGGAUCUGAUGCACAAUCAGCUGUGCUCGCUGUCCCUAAAAUCCUUUCUUUAUGUUUCAAACACCACAACUCCGUUACGACUCAAUGUGAGCCACAAUCACAUAGCCAGUUUUUAUGACGAGCUGAGCAGCUACAUGUAUAUUUAUCAGCUGGACAUUAGUCACAACCAUGUGACCAAGUCGGAUAGCUUUACAAAUCUGGCGAACACGCUGCGGUUCCUUAACUUGGCCCACAAUCAGCUGGGUUCCCUACAGAGCCAUGCCUUUGGUGACCUGGAGUUCCUUGAGAUUCUUAAUGUGGCUCACAAUAAUCUCAGCUCGCUGAGGCGUCGCAGCUUUCAGGGCUUAAAUAGUUUGCAGGAACUGGAUCUAAGUCACAACCAGCUGGACCAGCUGCAGGUGGAGCAGUUCUCGAACCUAAGGAAGCUGCGAAUCCUGCGCAUCAACGCGAAUCGAUUAAGGGCUCUGCCACGAGAAGUGUUUAUGAACACGCGGCUGGAGUUUCUGGACAUUGCCGAGAAUCAGUUGAGCGUUUGGCCAGUUCCGGCAUUUACCGACAUCGGAUUCACUCUGCGUUCCAUCCAGAUGUCGCACAACAAUCUGGAGUACUUGGAUGCCUCGAUGUUCAUCAACUCGCAGUUCCUGUACGACAUCAGCUUGGCCCGCAACCGCAUCACCAUUCUGCCGGACAACACGUUCAGUUUUCUGAAUAAUCUGACCAACCUGGACCUGUCACAGAAUCCCCUGGUGACGACCAACCUGCGGGAGGUGUUUGUCCACACGCCGCGCCUAAGGAAACUGAGCCUCCACCACAUGGGUCUGUAUGUCCUGCCGCCGCUGAAGCUUCCCCUCCUCUCCUACCUCGACGUGAGUGGCAACUAUCUGCAAGAGCUGUCACCACUGGGUUCCCUGCGCCACCUGCGUCACGUCAAUGUCUCGCACAACAAACUCACGAAUGCGAGCUGUGCGGCGGAGCACCUGCCGCCAUCGGUUCGUGUAUUGGAUCUGGCCCACAAUCCGCUGCGCAGGAUAACGUUGCACGAUCUAGCCAGUUUGCGGCACCUGGCCGAGCUGAAUAUCCUGGACGUGAAGGUAACCAAUCCGCAGGCAUUUGCCAAGCUGCGUUCGCUGAGGAAGCUACAUGCCAGUUCGCAUGCCAAUCUGGGUGAGAUUGUGGCCAGGAUACCGGGUCUUCAGCAGCUGAGGGUGCACUGCCUGGAGCCAAAUAUUGGCCAACAGCUCUUCGCUAAACUGGCGAAUAACACGAAAAUCCGGCUCCUCGAGCUAUAUGGCAGCAAUGUCCAGACCAUUGCUCCGGAUGUCUUCAUCGGGCUGUCGCGAAGUCAACGAUUGCAGGUGAAGAUCUCGCACACCCGCAUCUCCGACCUGCCGCCGGGUAUUUUUUAUGCCCUGCGAGAGGUGCCGCACCUGUCCAUCGACAUUUCGCAUAAUCGUAUCAAUGCCCUGGCCGCCGACAGUUUUUACCCCAACAAGAGCUACUGGGAUGCCGUGGGAACUCGGAGCAUCAUGGGUGGACUCAUCACAUCGCACAAUCCGCUGGAAUGUGAGUGCGGCCUGGUGUGGUUCGGCCACUGGCUGCGCCGAUGGCUGAGGGAGUCAGCCCAGAUAAAGGUCAUCCAGAAGGAUGACCUCAAGCGCAUGGUUCAGAGAGCCCGUGCCAACACCUGCCACGAUCCAACCUCGGGUCGACACCUGCCCAUCCUGGAGAUCUUUCCCGAGGAUCUGCUCUGCCAGGCGAGCGCGUUGAGCAGCUCUGGCCAGCGAAUAUUCCUGUUAUCCUUCGCGAUGGCCCUUCUGAUACCCAUUGUGAUGACCACCAUGACCCUCUGAUGUUGGCUUUAGUUGCCGGCGCAGUAAGUUACUCACAGAUAGGAGGGGUUUGCGAUCCAACUCCGCAACUCCGCUGCUGUGGCCGAAAUGCUGAAGAUACUCAACUGAUCAUUGCCUGUAUGAUAUGUACAUAUAUAAAUA